UCCAAGCCACCUAUCGAUAGACUCGCCUCUCCGUUCCACGUCUUCUACCUGUAGUUUUCCGGAAAAAUAAAAAUGCUGCAUUGAAUCUGUAUGAAACCUGCAAUCUCGCAGAGCCCACUGGAAAUAAUAGCUUCAAGUACACAAAGUUAGUCCAGUAAGUCGAUAGUUUGUGAGACCACCAUGGGGAUCUCAACCCAGCUUGUUGUGCUCCUCCUGUUGACGGCACUUGUUGCCGCUAAGACAAAAACAUCACCGGUCCAGGACGACAUUGCCGAGUACAAGGACUUCAAGAAGCUGCUACGCACCAAGAACAAUGUCCUGGCACUGUACGUGACCAGUGCCAAGGCUGCUGCUGCCGAACUGAAAGUAUUUCGGGAAGCUGCGGAGGCGAUACGAGGAACGGGGACGAUGCUACUUUUAGACUGUGGUCAAGCGGAUCGCAAGAAGCUGUGCAAAAAGCUCAAGGUAUCCCCAGAUCCCUAUGCUAUUAAGCACUACAAGGACGGGGACUACCACAAGGACUACGACCGGCAACUAAGUGUAGCUUCAAUGGUUACGUUCAUGCGGGAUCCCUCUGGAGAUUUGCCCUGGGAGGAGGACCCCGCCGGUGAUGAUGUCCUGCACUUUAGCGACGCAGGCUCGUUUACGAAACACCUGCGGAAGGACAUCCGCCCCAUGCUGGUCAUGUUUCAUGUGCCGUGGUGUGGUUUCUGCAAGAAAAUGAAGCCAGAUUAUGGCAAGGCAGCAACGGAACUAAAGGCCAAGGGAGGGUAUUUGUUGGCGGCGAUGAACGUUGAGCGGCAGGAAAACGCUCCCAUUCGCAAGUUGUUCAACAUAACUGGCUUCCCUACUCUUAUUUACUUUGAAAAUGGCAAGCUGCGCUUCACCUACGAAGGGGACAACACAAAGGAUGCCCUUGUCGCUUUUAUGCUAAACCCAAAUGCCAAGCCCACGCCGAAGCCUAAGGAGCCGGAAUGGUCGGCAGAUACAAACUCCGAAAUAGUGCACCUUACCAACCAGGGCUUUGAGCCUGCGCUGAAGGAUGAGAAGUCGGCUCUGGUCAUGUUCUAUGCUCCCUGGUGCGGGCACUGCAAGCGCAUGAAGCCUGAGUAUGAAAAGGCCGCUCUGGAAAUGAAGCAGCAGAAGAUUCCUGGACUGUUGGCUGCCCUGGACGCCACGAAGGAGCAAUCUGUGGCUGAGAAAUACAAGGUGAAGGGCUACCCCACAGUGAAGUUUUUCUCGUACGGGGUCUUCAAGUUCGAAGUUAAUGUUCGAGACGCAUCGAAAAUUGUCGAGUUUAUGCGGAAUCCGAAAGAGCCGCCACCACCGCCACCGCCAGAGAAGAACUGGGAGGAGGAGGAGGACAGCAAGGAGGUACUGUUCCUUGAUGAAGAAACUUUCAGCACGACCCUGAAGCGAAAGAAGCACGCACUGGUGAUGUUCUAUGCUCCCUGGUGUGGCCACUGCAAGAGCACUAAGCCGGAGUUCACUGCAGCCGCCACUGCUUUGCAGGAUGAUCCUCGCGUGGCGUUUGCGGCCGUGGACUGUACGAAGCAGGCUGCUCUCUGCGCCAAGUACAGUGUUCGCGGCUAUCCCACCAUUUUAUACUUCUCUUACCUUAAAACCAGGCUGGACUACAACGGUGGGCGCACCAGCAAGGACUUUAUCGCGUUCGUGAACAACCCGCCGAGUGCGGUAGAUCGUAGUGAACUGUGACAAGACUAGAUAUCUAUACUUGAAUCUCGGCAAUCUCUAAUUUUGUAUUAAUUGUGUAUUAUACUGAUAUCGUUACUAAUCAACCUAUUAGUCGUCAAAUUCUGAAUUAUUUUAUUAUAAAACUAAUCUAAAAAUGGUAU